AUGGUAGCAACAGGUACAAUGCUCAUCUCAUAUCUUCAACAUACCUGUGGAAUGUUUAAAAUUGCUAGCUAUCGUAUUAAGCACGCAUUAAACAAUGAUAUUCCACAAAACACUGUGAUAAAAAAUAAAAUUUUGAUUAUCAAAGGUAUAAUUUGUGCCGUAGACAUUCAUCGUCAAGCUAUGAAAUUAUCGAAGCAUUUCAUCACCACGUUCGAAAUAAUAAUGUCUUGUAUCACAGGAUGUCUAGUAGUUUGUUUUAGUUUUAAUAUGUUUCGAAUUGAUAGUUAG